CGCGGGCUUCACCUGGCGGCUGGAGCGGGAGCGGCGGAGAGGCUGGGCUCGGGGAGCGGGCGGUCGCUGGGAUUCGGGGACGGGCCGGGGCGCGGCGGGAGCCGAUCGGGUUGGACGCAGUCACAUCGCCAGAGGCGGAGGGCAGGUCACUGGCGAGAGGAAGCAGUCGAGGCCGGGAGCCGAACGUGUCGACUGGGUGCGGGCUCUUUCCCCCCCCCCCCGAACAACACCCCACCUCCCCCUCGGACCAGGCCGGGCUCGGUGCAUUGACGACGCCCCGGCUCUCUGCAGCCGCUCGGUUCGCCCGCCAAGCCCGGGAGAGCCCACAGACACCGGACUCUGGGUGUGGGUGAAGUCGCCCCCCCCCCCCCCUUCACCGCGGACGGGGCGCCGAGCGGAGUGGGGCCGCCAUCUGCUGGCCGUCUGAACUGGGAGAGGAUCCCGAGCACCUCCAGGGAUUUCGCCCCCCCCCUUCCUCCCCAUCCUUCCUCCCCCUCCUUCCUCCCACCCACUCGGUGCUGGGGACAUUCAGCAGCCAGCGGGGUCUCGGACGGGAAGCGCCAGGAUUACUAUUCCAGCGGGGGCCCGGUGCGCCUGGAGGAGAGUGCGGGCGGAUCUGGGCAUGGAGUGAGUGCCCCCUCCUCCUCCUCCCUCCCAGAUCCCAGGCUCCAGUCCGAUGGCGGCGGCGGUGAAUUACUCGCCUCCCUGGUGGGUGAGCCUCCUGCACCGUCUCCCGCACAUCAACCUCCAGCUGGAGGCGGUCAGCAACGACUUCCAUCCCGAGGACACCCAGUACCAGGAGUCACUCCUGCUGUUAGGUGGAGUUGCUCUCGUCUGUCUGGCCCUCAACCUCCUCUUCCUUCUCUUCUAUUCUUUUUGGCUAUGCUGUCGGCGGAAGAGUGAAGAUCAGCCAAAUGCAGACUGUUGCUGUACAGCAUGGUGUGUGAUCAUAGCAACACUUGUGUGCAGUGCAGGGAUUGCUGUUGGUUUCUAUGGUAAUGGAGAAACUAGUGAUGGAAUCUUCAGGCUUGCCUAUUCAAUGAGACAUGCAAACCGCACCAUAACAGGAGUCGAGUACCUGGUUUCUGAGAGCUCUCGAGAUCUGAAUCGGACAGUAGAAGGAAGUCUUCGUACCUUGCAGGAUUUGUUUGCAAAGGAACCACGAUAUCUAGAGAGUGUGCAGAAAUUAAAGGAUCUUCUUGGAAAUCUCGGUAGACAGCUAACUAAAAUUCCAUUUUGGGAAAAGAGUGAUGUCUCUUUGGAAGACCUGGCUGUUCUUAUCGAGCUAUAUGAUUAUUACAGGUGGUUGGGUUAUCUUGGCCUGCUACUUUUUGAUGUUCUUAUCUGUCUAUUGGUGCUGUUUGGAUUAAUUAGAAACUCAAAAGCAAUCCUUAUUUGUGCUGCUCUCCUGGGAGUGUUAACCUUGAUUAUCAGCUGGAGUUCUUUAGGUCUGGAACUGGCAGUUUCAGUGGCUUCAAGCGAUUUCUGUGUGUCUCCCGAUGUAUAUGUUUCCAAAAUGGCAGAUAAACAUGGCCUUAUUGCUAAAGAUGCUUUAAAUUAUUACCUGGUGUGCAACAUUGGAUACCCAAAUCCUUUUCAACAGAAACUCUCUAGUAGCCAUAAAGCUCUGGUGGAGAUGCAGGAUCAUGUAUCUGAACUUCUGAAGUCAGCUGUCCCGGAGUUCCCAUCUUCUCGUGAAUAUCUGGAUCGAACUCAAAUAGUAUUGAACUCAACAGAGACUACCCUGCAGCAGUUGACUGCUCUAGUUGAUUGUCGCAGUCUUCAUAUGGAUUAUGUGCAGGCUCUGACAGGACUCUGCUAUGAUGGCGUGGAGGGUCUAAUUUAUUUGGUUUUGUUCUCCUUUGUAACUGCACUGAUGUUGAGUUCGAUUGUCUGCAGUGUUCCCCAUACAUGGAAGCAGAGCAAGAGGAGUCAUGUCGAUGACGAUGGAGAUGAUGAUAUUGUGAACCCUCAAGGGAGCCGCCAGCAGCAUGACAAUCUGUACAGAGUUCACAUGCCCAGUCUCUACAGCUGUGGAAGCAGUUUUGGUAGUGAGACCAGUAUUCCUGCCGCAGCACAUACUGUGAGCAAUGCCCCUGUCACAGAAUACAUCAGGAGCCAGAACACAACUUAUCAGAAUCCUCGCUGUGAGAAUACACCUUUGAUUGGCAGAGAAUCGCCUCCUCCUUCUCUGUAUUUGGCUGCUCUGGACAGUGGCAGCCAUCUGAGCUGGCAGCCAAAGAACUGCAACAGUGCGAGAACGAACUCUUACUGGUAAAGAAGGCAGCAAACCAGAACAGUACUCGAACAGCAUGAGAGCCAAAUACCUCGCCACAAACAGGCCUGAAACCAACAGCAUCCAUUAAGACCACAGAGAGGAAAAACUGGAACUUCUAUUUGUCAAAUGCCAUUAAUACAGUUUUACUAACUUGAGAGUAGCAUGAUUCCAUCAGUUGUACAGUAAAAGGUAGAAUGAUGACUACAAGGAAUGAACAAAUUCUGCCAGCGUAGAUUGUGUUAUGAAUGCUUAGAGGUUUUGUAUUGUCAAAUCUGCAGACCCUGCACAACCUUAUCUGUAUCAAUAUCACAGUUCACUUCAGUUUAAGGUUCUCUCAUUUCUAGAUUGCAGCAGGAAUGCCAAGAUGUGGGUGUGCCAAUCUGCAAUCAUCUGAACAGACUCACAGUUGGUUUUUGCCUGUUGUAACAACUGUAAAGUGCACCAGUCAUUAUAGAUCACUAUUACAAUAGUUCAGAUCAAAGCAACAUUUGUAUUUAUCUGGAAAAGUUCACAGAUGAGAUGCCAAAAUAUCGAACUACAUUUACGCUGUUAAUUUUUUUUCAGAAGAUUUAAAAGUAUCACAGAAACCCUAAAAGACAGAGAUAGAAAUGUAGAGAGACAUUAUUGAUUACCGCCAAGUUGAUAUUGAAGCCUGUGGUCUUUUAAAUUUGCUAUGGUUGUAAUAUAACUUUUAACCACUCAAAAGUUCACCAUAUGGGGGUGUUCUUUCUGUAAUAAGGGUAUGUAUUGCCACAGAAAUCUUGUGUAAAUAUUGGGGAAAAUGCACUAAAAUUGCUCUGAAAGUUAGCCAAUUUAGGUAGCUAAUCAAUGAUCAAUGUGGUUAAUCUGAUUCUAGUUAUCACUGGUAAUACACGUCGUCUUGAUUAGGAAUUGCUUACAAAGCUCAAGAAAAACCUCAUCUGUAAAUGUCCUGUCCUGAUAGAUGCAUGUUUUUAAUAUUGCUUGGCAAAUGUUUUAAUAUGUUGCACAUAAGAACAUUCUAACCUUUUUUUUAAGUAUGUAUGUUGCAGUACAACACAGUUCCUGUGGUUUUGCUACAAUUUUUGUUUUAACUUUAUUUAAGGUGCAAUUUCUUGUUUUGAAAUUAGACUUGUGUUUUUUCUUGUGUUUUACCCUGCACCGGCAAUUUUAUACAUUUAGUUUAGAAUUUAGCAUGUUUAAUUAGCUCAAGGUUGUACAUUACUGGAAACUUGCAAAUGCAUCUAACCACUUGAGGAUAAAAUACAUUCUUACAGGUUAUAAAAUAAUCCUGGAAGAUGAAUUUUCUGGAAUAUUACAAGUCUUAGUAAUAUGAUAUUAACAAUGGAGUCAUUUACCCAUGGUGUCUGUUGGAUAAAUUAAAACCUUAUAAACUUUUCUUCCUUAUUAAUUAUUGCUGUCUUGAGAAAAAAGUAGACAAAAGCUCAAGUUGUGACAAUCCACCCACUGUGUGUCUGCUGAUGUUUUAACAAUGGUGCUGUUUAAUAAUUGAAUCAGUUGCAUAUAAAACACACUAAUGCAGUUUUGUCAUUUGGCUUCAGGAAGAAACAUUUCUCCUUUUGAGUUUGAGGGAUUUUGUUUUGGUGUCAAAAGAAAGUUUGAAAUUAAAAUACUCAAAUUUUACACCACAAUCUCUGAUCUCUGGGAGACUUUUUAAACAAAAUCUUUUUAUUUGUUGACUUUCUACUUUACAAUACUUGGCAGCUGAGCAAUAGCCACUAAACCUGACUGAAACAUUCCAGAAGUCCAGCCUUGCAUCCAAGUCCAUGUUUAACGUGUUCUUGUGGAAGAUACACAUAUGAAUUAAUUCUACCGUUACCCUGCCAUUUAUCCUAUAUUUUUAAAAGAUUUUUAUUUUCAGCAUCUUACUAAAGCUUCUUGAUACCCAACACUACAGUUGGAAACUAUAAUGCCACUGAUAUUUCCAAGAGUCUUGUGAAUUAUGCUCUGAUAUACCAAAUUAGUAAUAAUUGUUCCAUAUGUACUGUCAGUCAUAUCCUGGAAAGAGCAUUUAGGAAAAUUAUCAAACCAUAUUUAAUGCCUUCAUGUCUAAGUCUAUUACCGUUAUUUUUUGCAGUCUCUUAGUGCUGAGAAGAGUGGGAUAACUUCUAUGGUAGUCUGUAUACUUCAUGAAUGAAAAGAUGUAAAACAGGAAAACCUGAAGUUGAAACUUCUAAACAAAGUGCACAUUGUCCCCACUUAGUGAAGUCCACUUUCAUGUUACUGUGAUCCUAUUACAGCUCAGUCAACUCUAAUCCUACGAUGAGGCACAAUUACCUUAACAUACCUCUAAUAAUAGUUCCAAAUGGGUAGCCACAAGUUGGCAGUCUGAUUCAGCUUUUCUAAAGCCGAAUGAUUAAGUGCAUAUUUUACCUUGUAUCCCAAUACUUGUCCUUCAGCAUAGUGCUGUGCACUCAAAUUGUGCUUUAAAAGAACCUGAGCCACAACCUGUCAGCAGUCAGACACAAAGUCUUCACUAUAGAAGCAAACAUCAAUUUACUGUAUGUCAAAAAAACUAGCUUGCCUUAUUAUUCACCCCAUGAAUUAUAUUAGUUGUAUUUUGCUUUGAAGUUGGGUGCUUGAAUUAUUCAGUAUGAACUAGGUGUGUAGCUGACAGGUUUUUUUAAAAAUUUGAGAUCUUUUGAAAUUCCGUCCAAUUAGCAACAAGCAAGGGAUUGUCGCUGAGACCAACUUAUUUUCUGCAAGGUAAUCGAAGGGACUAUAAUGUGUUCAGCCGCAUAAAUGAACUCUCUCUCAGUCACUCUCUAGAAGCACAAUCUCAUUUUAGUUCUGUAAUGUGGGUUUCCACAGUUUUUACACCUUCAAAAGCACACAUCAACCAUGAAACCUUGAAAAUGUGAAUACAGGAAACACUUGGGUGUAAAAUUGACCAUCAACCAGGAUCUAGUGGUGAUUGUAAGAUAUUUACUGUGAAUUUACUAAGCACUGCAGGUUUAAGUCUGUAGUGCCAUUUUCUUCUUGUAGUACUUAAUAUAUUCUCUUGCUAGCAUGUGGACUCAAGUACUGAAUUUCCAGCCAGCAUUUUUGCCAAAAAAUCUAUUAGAAAUGAAUACCUAACUUUAUGACCAGUGGAAAUUAGUGAAGAUAAAAAUUCAUAAAAUCUGCAGCUGACUAGUGUUUAGAUUUAUUUUCUCAUCAACUAACUGUUCCUAAUACUUAUUAACUGUAUUUCCAGAAAGCCUGAAGAUUGAUAACUGAAGGUUAAAAUUGUUGUAACAAAAGUCACAUUUUUGGCUCUUGCAUUUGGUUCUGAGAUGUGCAAUAGUGUGAUUUUGUUGAGUGAUGUGUUCUGCAAAAAAAAAUCAAUGCAAACUAAUUUUAAUGCUAAAGUCAUGGAAUAUGAUAUCAGCCAGUUCACCAACUAGAAGGAUUGAAACUAUUUUUUACUGAAACUAUUUUUUACCAAAACUAUUUGGUUAGUAAUAAUUGUUCCACCCCCUAUUUGCAUGAUACUGAUCAUUAAUUCCAAAUUAAUUAAUUAAUUCCAAAAGCCUAACAGCCCCAUUUCACAUUGAUCCUAUUCCAACCCUCUCUCCCUGCCUUUCUCUAAAGCAGCAAAACUCCUUUCUGCUUAACACCGAACACUUGAAAAGUGUCAGAACAUGUGAUUGAUUUUUAGUUUUGUUCAAAAGGUUAAAUGAUGGCAGUCAAAACUGAAAAUUAAUUUUAAACGUCACUGAAAUGCAUCUUUAAAUUAUCGGGAAUGCUGGCAGGUGAAAAUUUUGAGAUGUAAAAUUGAGUCCUGCGUAAUCUAUUUAGUUACAUUGUGAGCCAGAGUUACUCUGUUGUAUUAGUGAGACAAUCCUUGAGUGUUUUCAUAGAAAUUUUACCAUUUGUAGAAAACUAUAUCCACAAAUGAAUAACUUGCACGAUCAGUGGGCAUUGAUUGGUGAAAUGUAAUUUGCCUUGUAAUGCCCUUUUUUAACCAUUUCAAACAAUUUGUUGUGUACCAUACUGCUUCAAUUUUUACAUACAUAAUAUGUAACAAAACUGGUAACUGUAGUACAUAGUAAUAGUGUAGUUUUGUGAAGCCUGUUUUUAAAACAGCAUUUUUUUAUUAAAAGAGGGGAAUGAUCCUGUGUACUAUUGCUCAUUAUUAUUUUUGCUAAAAUUGCUGUAGCUCUUAAUAGAUUUAUAACAUUUUAAAACUUCUUUUUCCAAUGAGUAAAAUGUUGCAAAUGUCAAACCUGUGGUUUUCAUGAGCUUGAACUAAAUGUUUUCAAAAUGAAACUAAUAAAGUUUGUUGGACUUGCCAA